CGAGUGAGACCGGAGAGAGCUGAGAGCCCGCACAAAAAAAGAAGAAGUUGAAAUUGAAAGACAGAGGUCGGGGAGAGAGAGAGAUUCACAAUCUCAGUGUUUGAGAGUGGAGGAGAGUCUCUGAGAGAGGUAGAGCUCUCGCUCUAGGUCUAGGUCUAGGUCUAAUCGUCUCAGGAAGGAGAAGAAGGAGAAGGAGAGAGAUAGAAAUGUCUUCUGACCUAGACAGGCAAAUAGAGCAGCUCAAGAAAUGCGAGCCUCUCAAAGAGUCCGAAGUCAAGGCUCUCUGCCUCAAAGCCAUGGAAAUCCUCGUCGAAGAGAGCAACGUCCAGAGAGUCGAUGCUCCUGUCACUAUUUGCGGUGACAUCCACGGUCAGUUUUAUGACAUGAAAGAGCUUUUCAAAGUGGGAGGCGAUUGCCCAAAGACUAACUACUUGUUUCUUGGAGAUUUCGUUGACAGAGGAUUCUAUUCAGUGGAGACAUUUCUACUCCUACUUGCCCUGAAGGUGAGGUAUCCAGAUCGGAUAACACUCAUUAGAGGGAACCAUGAGAGUCGACAGAUAACACAGGUGUAUGGAUUCUAUGAUGAGUGUCUACGAAAAUAUGGAUCUGUCAAUGUUUGGAGAUAUUGCACUGAUAUAUUCGAUUACCUAAGUCUGUCAGCUCUCAUUGAGAAUAAGAUUUUCAGUGUCCAUGGUGGUCUCUCUCCUGCCAUUUCAACUUUGGAUCAGAUACGAACAAUUGAUCGUAAGCAAGAAGUACCUCAUGAUGGUGCUAUGUGUGACCUACUAUGGUCAGAUCCUGAAGAUAUUGUGGAUGGUUGGGGUUUGAGUCCACGUGGUGCUGGUUUCCUGUUCGGUGGCAGUGUUGUUUCUUCAUUUAACCAUGCAAACAACAUUGAUUAUAUAUGCCGUGCCCACCAGUUGGUGAUGGAAGGGUAUAAAUGGAUGUUCAAUAAUCAGAUUGUUACUGUAUGGUCAGCUCCAAAUUACUGUUACAGAUGUGGUAAUGUAGCUGCAAUCCUUGAGCUGGAUGAAAAUCUUAACAAGCAGUUCCGAGUCUUCGAUGCUGCCCCACAGGAAUCAAGAGGCACGCCGGCCAAAAAACCUGCACCGGACUACUUUCUAUGAGAUUGAUGAAGUUUUGCCAUUAUCCAAUAGGAGAUUUAAUGAACAAGAUAUACGGACACCAGGUGGAGGAGAAUGGUCUUGCAUGGUAUGCGCACAAAGAAUUCUAUGGGCGAGCUUCUCGAUGAUCAGCCCUUCCAGCAACCAGCAAGAAUUGUACUUUCAUGUUCGUCAAUAGUUAGGAUUGUUGGGUUUGCUUUUCUUGUAUGCCUAAAGCUUCUACCAUCUUUUAUAUUUACAUGUAAGAGUAGCGUGCAUUGCCUAGUCUGUCAUGUGAAUUAUAGAAUCUUUUUCUUGUGAUUGCCACAGCAAGGGAGACAUUAGGUACUGGAAAGGAAGGCUUCUCCUUCUAUUUGUAAGGAAUAGAAUGAUUGGAUUGGGUUGGAUUAGGCUUCUCCUUUUUUUAGUUUUUUAUUAUUAUUGUUCUUCUAGGCAAUAAAAAGCGCUUUCUGAUUA